CCGAUAGAGGCCGUACGUAUCACGGCACACCAGACUCUGUCGGCGACAGUUGCGGAAGGUCUUUCUAACCCUACUUGAGUACUAAAAGUCAGUAAUCAGAAGCUAUUCUAUAUUGUUGACUAUAGUGAGCUGUCUGUUGGUUUCAAGGAGAUAUCGCAAAUAAACGAUCGCCUCGUCGAGUCGAAGAAUUAUGAUAUAUUAUUCAAUAUUAAUAGUUUGAAGAUUUUAAACCCUCAACUAUGGACGCAAACAACGCAAAUCGGACAACGACGGAGACACGGCCUCCGAGUGCUACUCCAUUUGGCACGGAGUCUUCAGGACCAACACAGCCGCUAACUCGUCCCACCUUAAAUAGAGUCGAUUCACGGACUGCAUUUCCUCAACAAUUGUUAAGGCCAGGAGUUCCACCGCAGGCGCAACCAAGACCGCAAUUUCAACCAGGAGGGCCUGUUACUAGUCCACCACAACUUGGACCUCGUCCAGGUGCACCACCGCCAAGAGGCCCAGUUCCAACUGGACCGCAGCAACAAAGACCACAACAGCCUCCAUUGCGACCAUCUGGACCACAUUCUAUAGCACCACAGCAAGGAUUGAGACCUCUUCAAUCGCCUACAAGUCCCCAAUCGCUUCAAAGAGGUCCGUUACCUAAUAAUCUUCAAUUUGGUCCGAGACAACCUCCUGUAUUUGGAACUGCAACCAAUCCUGUUCACGCUGCAAGACCGCAGCUGCUGCAACAAUUUAACGGAGCUCCACGAAACGGAGUACCUGGUUUUGGAGCACCAUCUUUAUUGAGACAACCGUCAGAAAGCUCUAUAAAGGGCUUGGAUUCUACAAACACGCAAAAUAAACCAGUCAACCUGGAUAACCAAAGUAUUUCAAAUGAAAGUCAAAAUGUUAAUAAAUCAGAAAAUGGCAUUGAAAUGCCUGGAGCUGCUAAAGGAAGAAGCUAUAGUAUUGCAGCCGCCCCUGGGUCACCGAGCCCAUUUAAAUUGGACGAAGAUCGGCGCAAGUCUGUUAGCUCUAUAGGUGGAAAGAUCGAAGAAUUCACUAGUCGUAGCCCAACACUGGGUUUGAUUCAAGAGGGUAAAAUUGACAGUAAAGAUAAUAUACGCAGUUCUAAAGAAAGUAUCAGAUCGGAAAUCUCCAAUGACGGAGCCAAAGAUAUACCCGAACGUCCAGAAUCUAGAUUAUCUGGGUCUAAAAUGACAGAAUCAUUUGUAGGGUCAUUAUCAAAUUCCAAUACGAAGAAAAAAAUUGAUGAUGAUGAAGACGUGGUCUUACAAAAUAACUUGACGUCAAUCAAAAACGGAAAUGAGUCAGUAAGCAACCAAAAUAAAAAUGAUUUUUUGGAUCGGUCACCUUCAUUGACCCGAAGUGAUGAUUCGCCGGAACCGAAACAAUUUGUUUCUAAUAGUUCUGUGGCAAUAAAUAAAUCUCAAAGAGUAACUCCAGAGCCUCAGCGUCCAAAAACACCUAAAAUGGAUAUAAAACAGGAUAUGAAAUUCGAUUCAAACAGGGAUGCUAAAUCACCAAUAACAUCUAAGUCACCUGUUUUAGAAUCCAAGCCUAUAAAUAAAAAACCAACUGAAUUAAAUACGUCCAUUACACCAUCAGAUUCUAAGAAAUCCACUCCUCGGAAAGUAGUUUCUGCACCAAAAACUAGACCGAAAGAAGGCGACAACGACAGUGGAGUAGAUGAAUCUACGCAAGGAAAUGAUCUCAAUGGUUCUCCUGGAUCGCCAAAUAAGAAUAAAGUGCCGACCAAAUUGCCAACCAAAGAAAAAUCUAGCAACAGUCUUAAGCCCAGUCUUUCUAGAUCAUCGAGCAAAAGCGCUACUGCUAAAACUCCAGAGAAUCCUUUGCCUACAGAAAAGAAAAAAGUACCCAUGAACAAAAUACAAGUGGGUAGUGCACCGUCGCCCAACAUUAAAACAGUGAAAUCAAAGAUUGGUUCUUUAGACAAUGCAACAUAUAAACCUGGAGGUGGCAAAGUUAAAAUCGAAAAUAGAAAACUGGAAUUCAGUAAUGUGACACCAAAAAUUGCAGCUAAGAAUGAUGCCUAUACACCCAGUGGUGGUAGCAAGAAGAUUAUAACCACAAAAUUGGAAUGGAACGCUAAAUCAAAAGUUGGUUCACUUCAAAAUGCUGCAUAUAAACCAGGUGGUGGUGAUAAGAAAAUCGAAACAGUUAAAUUGGAUUUCAAAGAUAAAGCUAAACCUAAGGUGGCAUCGACAGUCAACAUUACUCACAAGCCAGGCGGAGGAGCAGUUAAGUCAACAGUUGCAAAGAACGGAACCAGAGCUGAUCAAUAUUAUAUGUCGAUACACGAGUGGUCGGAGGAGGAGCGGCCAAUGACGAGGUGUCGGUCUGCGCGCGCGCCACGCACACCGCGCGCUCUCUCUCCGCGCCGUAAAAUUGUUUCUACUCAUGAGAACAACGACGAAGAUCGAGUGAUGCGUAAUAACGAGAGAAAUAGGCGCCCCUCUAUGGCCCGACCGGCUAGUGCCCGCGAUCCACCUCGUUCUGCCUGCUCUAGACGCACCUCUCUAACACAACGCCCUGCGUUCACUGUGUACUAAUCUAAAGAUAUUAUACUUUUACCAGGGGGAGACUUUGUACAAAAGUCAUCUGCAUGGUACUUCUAUACCAUUUGUUUCUACCACCAAGCAUCGUGCUUGUUUCGGUUUGAAAAUGAUAUUGUAGUAAAUUUAUUGGAUAUGAUAAUACAUUAAUUCUUAGGAAUGCCAAUGCAUGAGGCGCACCAUGGCUAUCAUAGCGUAUUCUGUGAUGUCCAUGGUAGCGUUCAUGUAAGUAUAUAGGCGGCUGUAUGCACUUUUUAUCACAUAGAUCGUCAGUUGUUUAUCACCUUAAGGUGCAUAAAAAUUAUAUUUUGUAGUGAUUUCUAUAAAACAUAAUUAUCACGAGGAAUAGCUAAUACUAUAUUAAAAUAAAAAAUACUAAACUAAAUAUGUCAAUUAAAAAGUCACAAUCAUAAUUUUAUAUAUCUUAAAACGAUCAUUGUAGGGAUUUCACUUAAGGGUUAAUGAGAUAAUAAUGUACCUUAGGUACCCAAAUAGUGAAUAUUAAAUACAUUAAUGUAGUAAAAUUUAUAAGUGAAAUGAUUAUUUAGAGAUCAAAUGUUUAUAUAUUAAAUGUAAACUUUUUAUUUUACUAGAUUAUAUAUUCAAUUAGACACUCAUACGAUGUCGCACUAUUUUAUUACUCAUACAGACACUACUAAAAAGUACACGCAAAAGUGAUUCAUGCAUCAUUUAAAUGGAAAAAGUAGUUAUUCAUUAUACUUGCUUAGUUUAUUAGAGAGAUAAGGAGAUACUAAAUGUCUUAUAUCUAGUGAAAUAUGCAUCGCGAAUAUAUAAAUUCAUACAAAGUGUAGUUGCUGUAGGAUUUGGUGUUUUUUUUUUAAUGGGUGAAAAUGGUAUGGUAAUCCCGCCUGCGCUAACGGGAUACGCUGGCGGAGUACCAGUGAAGGGUGAUAGAUGAGAAUGAAAACAGACCAGUUAGUCCAUUAUGAUGAAUUCAUCAGGAAUUACCCAUGAUAGUUUCCAGGGAGAACCGCGAGGAGGUCGACCUGGUUGGGUAUAUUGUUAGCAAUAGGAUUCUCAGUCUCCAUUACUAAUAAUCCCUUUCCCCCCUAGGAUUUGGUGUUAGGACAUUGUAGGUGUAGGAAUAUAUCAGAUUUAGUGAAGUAUUAAUUUCAAAUAUUGAGUAUAAAGAAUGAUUUAGAUGCAAUUGAACAUUUUUAAAAUAACGUAAAUUAUAAAAACAAAAACUGUGUAACAAGCGUUUCCUUGAUUUGUUUUCAAUAAAAACAACGAGUAGAACAUAUAAAUCUCUAGUGGCUUGGUCGAAUUGUGGGCCGUUUAUUAUUUUUAUUUUUAAAAGUAGAUACUGUAAUUUUUAUACUUUCGUAUAUUUACCAAAAAGAAAUAUAUAUAUAUAAAACAUAUAUUGGUUUCUUGUAAAUCAGGCCGCUGGUAUGAAUUUCGAUUCAUCCAUAAACGAAACAAUAUUUUUAAAUUGGCUCAGAUUAUUAGUUUGGUGCUCCAAGUUGUCAUAAUAUCAAUCAACGUUAAUAACUUCACAAAGAAUUUUAUAGAAUAUUUCAAAUUAGCAUCAAAUACUUUGUGUUUCUAGUACUUAGAGAUAUUAAAUAUCAAACGCAACAAGAUCACCGUGUAUUUAGACAUUAAUAAUGUUUGUGUAGUUUUUAAAAAUAAAUCGAUGAAUCACA